UUAAAACCCCUCAACAUGCUUGUGUAUCCAACACAUUAUUGCCAUUGGUCUUCCUAAAGGCUAUAUACAAAAUGUAUGCUUCACUUCCCAAAAUUCAGUCAUCUUUAACUAACUACUCACAAUACAUGAACUCCCGACAUGAGAAAAGUACCACUUUCCAUUGGUCUUGACCCUCAAAAACAUCCCAUGCAAGUUUUACUCAUACUUGGCUUAAGCAUACGUUUCCUUUUUGCCUGGAUACAUCUGGCACAGAUAAAGUACAUGGAAACAAAAAGCGUGGUGGAGAGCAAACCUGAUCUGCUACCACAAUUCUUAUGCUCCUAUACUUUCACCUGGCAUCCUGCAAGCCCCAAACUUUUCCUUCCCCGGGCAAAAAACACGUCUGGAUGAAUACAUCAGUCCAUGCUUAAAGCAGUAAAUAACAGCAAUAGAAAAGUGAUGAAAAAGACUAUUUAGGGGAAUGAAACUGUGUGCAAAACCCUAGUCCCAAACACGUGAAAGUGAAUUAAUGCAAGGAGCAUUGUAACUGUAUGGCAAUCAUGCCGUCAGGCAAUUUUGGCGUUACACUCGGAGCAGCACUUCCAAAGCCCAGGUAAGUUUCUGCUCUCCUAAGGCUGCGACCUGAGCUGGACGGAGCAGCUUUUCUACCUUGUGCCGUGAGAGGUCACGGACUGAAGCCAUUUCAUUAGUUUUGCUGUUUCUUACGCAUUUAAUGAACUACUGCCGGCUGCAACCAUUUAAAACAACAACGGACGAACAAAAGCCUCGAGACUGGUCAAGAAGCUGCAAGUUUUCCCUUUCCGUUCACCAACUUGCGGCGCUGCGGUCGCGCCAGGGACGCUCCGGAGGGCCCAAGGCUGCUCCUGGAGAAGAGUUCCGCGGCCCCAGUGAGACGGGAACGCUCCCAGGACCGCGGGAACGGCCCCGGGCCGCGGGAACGGCCCCGGGCCGCGGACCAGCCGGAGCGACAACGCCGGGCAGGACGAGCAGCCUCCCUCCGGCUCGCCCAGCACGGACUACGCUUCCCAUGAGGCCGCGCGGCAGAGCGCGGGCCGUGGUGCGCGUCAGCGGCGCGAGCAGCCAAUCGCGGCGCGGCCGCGGCGAGCGCCGUCCGCCGCCAAUGUUGUUUUCGCUGAGUCGAGGCGCUGGUGUUGUUGGCGGCGGCGCCAUAUUGGAAGGGACGAGCGCCCGCUCUCGAGCAGCCCCUGGGCGCGGGCCCGGCCGCCGCCAUGCUGUACCUGGAGGACUAUCUGGAGAUGAUCGAGCAGCUUCCCAUGGAUCUGCGCGACAGGUUCACCGAGAUGCGCGAGAUGGACCUGCAGAUGCAAUGGAUCAGCUUGAGCAGAGGGUAAAUGAAUUUUUUAUGAAUGCAAAGAAAAACAAACCUGAAUGGAGAGAAGAACAAAUGACAUCAAUCAAAAAAGAUUAUUAUAAAGCAUUGGAAGAUGCAGAUGAAAAGGUGCAACUGGCUAAUCAAAUAUAUGAUCUGGUAGACCGUCAUUUGAGAAAACUGGACCAGGAACUCGCUAAAUUUAAAAUGGAACUUGAAGCAGAUAAUGCUGGAAUUACAGAAAUAUUAGAGAGACGGUCUCUGGAGCUGGAUACACCAGCACAGCCUGUGAAUAACCAUCACUCCCAUUCUCACACUCCAGUAGAGAAAAGGAAACACAAUCCAUCUCACCAUAGUACAACAGAUCAUGUUCCUGAAAAGAAGUUUAAAUCUGAAGCUCUUCUAUCUACCCUGACAUCAGAUGCUUCUAAAGAAAACACACCAGGGUGUCGAAACAGUAAUUCAUCAUCCUCUUCCAACAAUGCAUACAAUACAAACUCUUCUCAACCAUUGGCAUCAUAUAACCUGGGCUCAUUAUCUUCAGGAUCCGGGGCCGGUGCUAUUACCAUGGCAGCAGCUCAAGCAGUGCAAGCCACAGCACAGAUGAAGGAGGGAAGACGAACAUCCAGUCUAAAAGCCAGCUAUGAAGCAUUUAAGAACAAUGAUUUUCAGCUUGGAAGAGAAUUUUCAUUGUCCAGAGAUUCAGCUGGAUAUUCAUCAUCAGCUCUGGCAUCUACAUUAACUCAGACGUUAAGUUCAUCAACCACAGAUUCACGAAGUGGCAGGAAAAGCAAAAACAACAACAAAUCCUCAAGUCAGCAGUCCUCAUCAUCAUCAUCUUCUUCCUCUCUAUCAUCAUGUUCUUCUUCAUCUGCGCUGGCACAAGAACUGUCUCAGCAAACAGCAGUAAUACCAGAGUCUGAUUCUAAUAGCCAGGUUGAUUGGACCUAUGAUCCAAAUGAGCCACGUUAUUGUAUUUGUAAUCAGGUGUCCUAUGGUGAAAUGGUAGGCUGUGAUAACCAAGAUUGCCCUAUUGAGUGGUUCCACUAUGGAUGUGUUGGACUGACAGAAGCACCAAAAGGGAAAUGGUACUGUCCACAGUGUACAGCUGCAAUGAAGAGAAGAGGCAGUAGACAUAAAUAAGUUUGUUCAUCUGGAAAAGAAUGGCAUAGUAAAGGUUUUAUAAAGGACUUGGGAGGGGAGGGGCAACUCUCACCACACUUCCUUGCAACCACUGAAGAGUAACAUAGCAAUCAUAGAAUGGUAUGGUUGGAAAGGACUGUAAAGAUCUUGUAGUUCCAGCCCCCAGUCAUAAGAUCUUGAACUAUUGGUUUUGCUAAGUCGUGUUUUAAUAUUGUAGGUAAAUUAUUUAUGCACCUUGAUGUGCUACAAAUACUAUUCCAGUGAGCCUUGGAUUGUUCCAGUGGCCAGCAUAUGCAGAUAUUUGUACUAUCAAACCAUUUUCUCUAAGCAGUGGGCAUUCUACAAGUACUCAAUCUUCCAAAAAUUCCGAUAAGUCAAGAUUUUAAAUGUAUGUUUUAUAUACAACAGAUAUAUUCUGCUGCAUGUACUGUACUCAAGAGCUGUUAUGUAACACUAUGUAUAUUAAUAGUGCAAAAAGUCAGUGCUUCUGAAAGGAAAAAGAGACAGUGGUUUUUAAAAUGCCUUUAUAGCUUUGGUUCUUUAUGAAACUUAAUUCAGCAGGCUGAAGAAAAUGGUUCUUGUAUACAGCGGGCUGUUGUCCUUUAGGGUACUUGAGUAUGUAAAGACAAAAAAUGCUGUAGAAUACAACAAACUUGUGCCAUUAGUCUUUAUAUGUUUCUGCUCCAGAGAAGGCGGGGGCCAUAAGAAGAAAAAAAGGUGUUAAAGUGACAAUAAAUUUUUAUACCAAAUGUGUUUAUUUUUUUGUGCAAGUAAUCCUUUAAAUUUGAAUUGUAUUAGGUGUAAAAUAAAAGAAUCUCAACUCCUCAGA